GAUUGAUUGGCUGCAACGUGCAGGACAUCGCAAGGGACACACAAAGGUUUUCUAAGUGCAGGAUUCAUUUAUGGCCGACAUGGGGCCAAGAACUGCGAUCUUGGCUGUGGCAUUACUGCUGCUGGGCCUGCAAUGGCCUCGGGAAGCAGCCGCGUUCCCCCCCAUGCCUCUGUCCAGCCUGUUCGCCAAUGCCGUCCUGCGGGCUCAGCACCUCCACCAGCUGGCUGCUGACACCUACAAGGAGUUUGAGCGGGCGUACAUCCCCGAGAGCCAGAGACAUGCUGCUCAGAGCUCCCAGGCAGCCGCCUUCUGCUUCUCCGAGACCAUCCCAGCCCCCACCGGCAAGGACGAAGCCCAGCAGAGAUCCGACGUGGAACUGCUCCGCUUCUCGCUGCUGCUCAUCCAGUCGUGGCUCAGUCCCGUGCAGUUCCUCAGCCGCGUCUUCACCAACAGCCUGGCCUUCGGCACCUCCGACCGCGUCUACGAGAAGCUGCGUGACCUGGAGGAGGGCGUCCAGGCCCUGAUGCGGGAACUGGAGGACGGUAGCCCCCGGGGGGGGCCUGUUCUGCGGCCCACCUAUGACAAGUUUGACACCAACCUGCGCAGCGAGGAUGCCCUGGUCAAGAACUAUGGGCUCCUGUCCUGCUUCAAGAAGGACCUGCACAAGGCUGAGACCUACCUACGUGUCAUGAAGUGCCGGCGCUUCGUGGAGAGCGGCUGCGCUCUCUGAGCCCCUGCCAGCUCGACCCCAGUCUGUCCCUUCCUGCUGGCCACCCGGGGACUGGGCCACCCAAAGGGAGUGCUUCUCCCGGCUCCCACCCUAAAUAAACCUGCAGAAACCAAA